AUGGACGACGGCUACGAUCGCCACGAGGCUGCUCCAGCCGCCUACGACGAUGAGUCCGCCUCCCAUCAUGAAAAUUCGCCCAUGAAAAGUGACCGCGGCGACGACUAUGACCACCACCACCACCAUUCCUCCUCCUCCUAUCAACCUCACAACUCGUACGCCAACUUCAGCACGCCAGUCAGAGACGCUCACGCAGAAGCACGCGCUGCUCUUGAGGCUGUGGCUGCCGCCGCCAGCGCCGGAAAGAUCCAGAUGCCCGAGCCUCACUCGUCCUCCUCUUCUAGCUCCGCCGGCUUCAUGACCACACCGGCCAGCGCAGCAGCCGCCGCCGCUGCUGCCGCUGCCGCCGCAUCCACGUCCGAAGCCGACUCCCCGAGCGCGGGCGCAUCUGCUUCUCCCUUUGGUACUCAUCUCGGCAGAAACAAGGCGUGUCAGAGCUGUCGGGCUCGCAAGCUCAAAUGCGACGGUCAGAAGCCCGUCUGCGGUCAGUGCGCAAAGGGCUGGCAGAUCAAGUUCCGAAUGGCUCAGAACAAGGCCAAGAACAAGAAAAAGGCGCAGGAUCCCGCCGUGCGUGCUGAGCUCGAGAGCCUGCCCGAGACCAUGCCUCCUUGCGUCUACCUGCCCAUCUCUCAACGAUCCUCCAACCGCUCAGCGCGCGCUUCCAUCUCUGCACACGAUGGCGACACCUCCCUUGCUCCCGAUACCCCUUCUGCCUCGGCCUUGCCACCUCCUAUGGACGGCUCUCCCAUGCCUGCCGCAGCAAGGAAGCGAAAACGUGCAGAUGAUACCAACGAUGAACAGAUCUUGCUGAUGCAGCAGGAAAUCCAUCAGCUCAAGCAGCGUCUCGCUCAGGUCACUGGCGUCUUCAACGGACAGUCCCUGGACCCACAACAAGGCGGGGUCGAUGCUGACGGUCGUCAUCCCUCCAAAGACGAGCUCGCGAUCGCCCACAUGCUCGCAACAAGCAUGCCCUCCGGCGAGGGUCCCUCCAACGGCACAGGUCUGCCCCUCUCUGGUUCCUUCGACUAUCAGCAGGCUGUCGCUGCUGUUGCCGCCAACGGCCUCGCAGGUGGCGAUGCAGCCAGCUUUGACGUUCUCGACCCCGCUCUCAGUGGUGCCGCCUACCCUAAUCCGCAUGCCGCGGACCUCCGCACAGACCCACGCAGCGUGGCUCACAAGCAGGCAAAGGUCACAUCGAUCCAGGACGAGAUGGACCUCGACAACUUUGGAACCCCCUUCUUCGAACUCAUGGUCACCAGCUGGCCUGCCGAGUUCCCGCCCCCCAACCUCGUCAACCAGUUGGUAUGCACAUACUUUGAAAAGGCAACCGCUCAAUCGCUCUUCCUCCACCCAACCCGCUUCAUGGAGAGGCUUACGCUGGGGCCCCAACACCCCAGGUACCCCAGCCUGGGUCUGCUCCACAGCAUCUUUGCCCUAGCUUAUCCUCGACUCCGUGGUGCCGACAUGCCUCCCGAUGCCGUUGGCCACAACAUCUUUCAAGGCGCCGCCACAGGCCAAAAGCUCGCCAGUCUCAAGGCGGCCGCUGCCUUCCACGCCAAAAAGGCAAAGGCGCUCGGUGAGCAGGCUACUCAGCAGGGUCGCUUCGAGGAGGCGGCUCAGAUCGAGGCGUUGCUCUGCGCGUACUACUACAUCAACGACCGUUCCAUCGAGGCUUGGUUCUCCUCUGGUCACGUAGGUUCGCUGCUCAAGGGCAUGGAGCUCAACCGUUUGCCUUCCAUCCAGACCUUUGCUUCCAAGCACGACGUUCGCACGACCCCUGGCUCCCGAAAGCAGCCCAAGCCUGCAGUCUACCGCGCCGUGCUCAAAGCACCCGCUGCCACUCCGCUCGAGCACGAAGAGCGGCUUCGACUGUUCUGGAACUGCCUCUACAGCGAUCGUGCUGCUUGCUCCUCGACGCACUGGGCACAGAGUAUCGACGAUCUCGACAUCAAGACCGAGCUGCCAGGUGCCUUUGACGACUUUAUCAAUGGCACCGAUGACCUCGUCUACCGCCCUAGGCAGACGCUCGAGUCGCCCGACCUUUUCACCGCUGGUCAUCACGAUCCCGCCAUCCUCCACCUCAAGGCGGCGAUUCUGCACUCCAAGUGCGUCAGUCACAUGUCGAGGCUUCCCAUCGAUGCGUCGGUGCAGGAUGUGCUCACGCCCAACUUUCAUAAGCUCGACGGCUGGGUGUCGUCGCUCAUCCAGAGCUUCCCUGUGCAUUGGCGCGAUCUUGCAGCGUUCGAUCCUAUCCUACGCCCGUCUUCGGGGUCGGAGGAGCCCCCGUUCUUGAACGACGGUGUCAACUAUCGACCGCAGAAGCAGAUCAGUCUGAUGACGAAUCAGCUUGUGCUUGCGCACUCGCUCAUGUACGGCAGCUGCAUUUCGCUUCACGAGCCGGUUGCGCAUCGGGUGGCGGAUUCUGCGAGGAAAUCGGCGCAGGCAGCGCAGAGCAUCAUCAAGAUCUUGAAGGUGUUCAUUGCGGCGAGGGUGGAUUUGUUGCAGGUGGGAUCGUUGAUGACGUUGAUGAUCGUGUUGGCGGCUAGGUCGGUUACGCGACAGUAUAAGAAGAUGAGGAGGGAGGCGGCGCAGGUGUAUUUGAGGAUGAGGAGGAGGAAUCCGGAGAUGGCGGCGAGGGCGAUGGAGGCGGGCUAUGCGGUGAGUUCGACGGGCAGUGCGGGUAGUCCGGGAUCGAGCAGUGCGAAGAUGGGCGCGACGUACAAUUCGAUGGGUGUGGGGUUGGAUACUUCCGCUUCGGAUGCGAUCGAUGAGGAAGAAGCGGCCGAGGCUGCUGCGGCCGAGGCGAUUUCGACGCACGGUUUCAGCGAUGGCAUCGAGGACGAGUUGGAGUUCGCACUGGAUACGGAUGCGGCGCUGCGUGCGCAGAUCGAUCCAGACGUCCGAUACACAGGUGUCUACUUGUUUUGA